GGGGAAAGGGCGGGGCCGGGGCUGCCGCGUCAGGGCUGCCGGGCCGGAGAGGCUGGAGCCCCUGCCUGGGGGGGAUUGCUCCUCUUUCCUUUGGGUGCUGCAAGAGGACGAGCCUUAGGAAAGGAAGGGGAGGUCAGGAAUCUGGCCAGGUUCCAAAGGAGGCUUCCAAAACUCAGCUUGGAUUGGGAUAUUCCAGGUGUGCAGGAAGACGUGGACCUCCUUCCCUCCCCUGUGGAGCUUUCGGUAAGGAACCUGUGCUGCUCACUGCACAAACCUGCUCGGCGUUAAAAGCAUUCAAGGAAACUGGGGGAGGGUGUAGAGAAGAAGUCUUGUGACAAGUUGUAAGGAAGGAAAGGCCUGGAGUCCGGCCGUGUUCUAAGGGAAGCUUCUAGGACUCAGCUUGGAUUGAGAUAUUUCAGGUGUGCAGGAAGAAGUGGAUCUCCUUCCCUCCCCUUGAAGCUUUUGGAGGGAGAGAUCAGUGUGCUCACCAGGAGCUUGGCCAUGUUCUGAAGGAGGCUUCCAGGACUCAGCUUGGAUUGGGGUAUUCCAGGUGUGCAGGAAGAAGUGGACUUCCUUCCCUCCCCUGUGAAGCUCUUGGAAGGAGAGGCUAGUGUGCCCACUGGGGAUCUGGCCAUGUUCUGAGAGAGUUCUCCAGGACUCAGCUUGGAUCCAGAUUGUGCAGGUGUGUGGGAAGAAGUGGCCCUGCUUGGUUCUACUGUGAAGCUCUUGAAUUAUGGCAAGUCCAAGAACAAGGAAAGUUCUGAAGGAAGUCAGAGCACAAGAUGAGAACAAUGUCUGUUUUGAAUGCGGUGCAUUUAAUCCCCAGUGGGUGAGUGUGACCUAUGGAAUUUGGAUCUGCCUUGAGUGCUCAGGAAAACACCGAGGCUUGGGAGUUCACCUCAGUUUUGUGCGUUCUGUAACCAUGGAUAAAUGGAAGGAUAUUGAGCUGGAGAAAAUGAAGGCUGGAGGUAAUCGCAAAUUCCGAGAGUUCUUGGAGUCUCAAGACGACUAUGAUCCCUGCUGGUCAAUGCAGGAGAAGUACAACAGCAAAGCUGCAGCUCUUUUUAGAGAUCAGGUAGCUACAGUAGCUGAAGGCAAGGAGUGGUCCCUUGAAACUUCUCCUGCCAGGACCUGGACCCCACCUCAGCCUAAAAUGUCUCUCUCUUCCACUCAUCGGAGUUCUGCUGGGCAGUCUCAGACUGCAACUGCUUCUUCUGACAAGGCUUUUGAAGACUGGUUAAAUGAUGAUGUCAACUCCUACCAAGGUGGCCAAGAGAAUCGCUACGUGGGGUUUGGAAACACAGUAAACCCUCCGAAAAAAGAGGAUGACUUCCUGAAUAAUGCUAUGUCUUCAUUGUACUCGGGAUGGAGCAGUUUUACAACCGGAGCAAGCAAAAUUGCCUCAGCUGCCAAAGAGGGUGCUACCAGAUUUGGAUCUCAAGCAAGUCAAAAGUUUUGGGGCUACAAGCAGCAGCCAGAGCCGGCAUCAGAGUUAGGUCAGACAUUAAAUGAAAAUGUUCUCAAACCUGCACAGGAAAAGGUGAAGGAGGGGAAAAUAUUUGAGGAGGUCACCGUGGGGGUAUCGCAGUUGGCCAGUAAGGUUCAGGGAGUUGGAAGUAAGGGAUGGCGUGAUGUCACCACUUUUUUUUCUGGCAAACCAGAUGAUAAUUCUGAAAGACCAGCUGAGGGAGACAGCUACCAGAACAGUGGAGGGGAGGGCUACCAGAACAAUGCUGUAGAUCAAAGCUUCUGGGAGACCUUUGGCAGCUCAGAUCCACCAAAAGCUCACAAGUCUCCAAGCAGCGAGAGCUGGACCUAUGUGGACAAUUCCACAGAGAAGAAGAGUUCCGAUAGCUGGGACGUGUGGGGCUCAGGAACAGUCUCCAACAACAAGAACAGUAACAGUGACAGCUGGGAGAACUGGGAGACCAACUGGGAGAACGCAGGAGGGGAGAGCAAGACCAAAAAACCUCCUAAAGCAACAAAAAAGGCGUCUUCAGCUGAUGAUGGGUGGGAUAACCAGAAAUGGUAGAACUCUGUUAACCCUGUUUUGCACAGCUAGGAAAGGGAGGCUGUGCUGGCUGAUUGAGGGGAGACAGUUUUACAUGCAACUGGAGUAUCUUGGUUGACUUUCCUGAUCUUUCCUUUUGUGCUUCCCAUUCAUUCUCCUUUUUGCUGUCUCGGUUUAUGGAAAAAAAAAAAAGUAGCAUCCUAGUCUUUUAUUACAUAGAGGUGGCUCUUCCUCUUUUGGGGGUGGAGAUAAUUAUAUUCUCCUUGCACUAUUGAAGCUGGAUACAGUGACUUCCUUAACAUGAACGUUCAAAAGAAAAAAAUCAGUGCAAGCAUGCUUUCAUGGCACAACCUUGCAUGCAUAGGUUAAUAGGUGUUCAUCCAGUCCUCAUGUACUUUGAGGUGACCUGAGAUGUUUAAUGCAAACAAAGGUCAGGGUGUGUCUUGAAAAGAUAGCCAUUAAAUAAGCAAACUGCAGCUGAGUAGAUCUAGAUCGAAUGCCUUAUGAAUUGCUCUGACUGUAUUAAGUCUGGCAAUACAGGAUGGUCUUUAAGAUACUUUUUAUUGGAGCUUUGUUUUUAAUCUUUAUGAGAUUUUUUUUUUAAGUCUUUUAAAACUUUUCUCCCUUUAGAAUUGAUAAGGAAUCUAGAGCUAGAUUUGAGCUGUCAAGGAAAGGAAGAUCCAGAAUGGCUUUACUUGCCCUUCUUGCUCAAUGGGUUAAGAGUUCAGCCAGUGCAGCUCUCUUGCACAGAUGAAAUGCAAAGCUGUGAUCUUCUCCUUCCCUACCUACGCCCUUCCCCCAGUCUGAGUAUUUUAUACAGUCUAUUUUUAAUCUGUCUGUCUUCUUUCUACCCAUUUAUUUUAUCUAUUCUGAUAAAAAUGAAAUCUUCCAGCUGUUUAUGGCCUUUUGGACAGCUAUUUGGCAACUUGGUAGCGAAACAAAUUCAUAAAAAGAUUCCAGUAAGAAAAAAUGAGUGGCAACUAUGAGAACAUUGAGGAGCGAGGCUGGCAGCAAGCCUCUUUCAAGAUGAGUAGAUGUCUGGAUUUAAUAGUAAAAUAUAAAUUAAGCAGAUGUUUUCGAAAUUAAUCUUUAAUAUGUCAAACCAUAUCUCUGUUUCUGUUAUGUAUUUCUUCACAUUUUCUUUCUGUAGCUUGUUAAAGAAAAACUACUUUGAAAACUUUAGGAACUCCUUGUCAGCAUUAAGGGAUGGAAUUGAAGAAUUGGUUAUUUCUCAGUUUUGACCCAACAAAUUGCUUUGCAUGAUGCAAACCAUAACUUCUACAGAGGAAUGGUGACUUUAACAACAAAGGUCUCCUAUGUAUUCCACUUUAUUUUAGGGGACUAGAUUGUAAAUCUACACUCAGCCCAAAACCAAUCGGCUCGCUUUAAAACGUCAGAUCCUGAUGGUAUGUAGUUGGCUUUACAACCACCGUGUUCUUUACUGUAGAUCCUUUAGAUCCUACUACAUACCUAAAGAGCCUUUUCUUUUUAAAAUGAGUUAAUUUGUUCAAACAAACAACUUCAGUUUUUAAAGUUAAUGCUUCAUUUCUUUUUCUCCUUACAGAGGUUUUUGAGCUUACAGUAAUAUCAAGAGGUUAAAAAGGAAGGAAAAUCAUGAAUUGCCUCAAAAGUAGCAGAUUUUAAAGGCUCAUGUUUAAGUAGAAGUAGCUCUGUUUAUAGUCUGAUUCUGUAUUUCUAUUAGUAGGAUCUUUCAGAUGGCGGACAACAUAUUUUUCUAGUCUUCUCUAGCCCUGUCUUGCAGAGUUGGGAUUUCUUUUUUCCCCUCGCUUCUCCCAAUAGUGUGGUCUCUGAAGCUCGUGCAGCAGGACCCAGUGCUGCUCACGACCCAAGCACUGCUCUAGGCUGAGCCAUGCGAGGCACCCAAGGCGUUCACUGACCUUCUGGAAGUGCCGAAGACACGAGAGAUCUCAGUUUACAAUGCUGCUGGUGGUACCACUAGCAGAUGUUUACAGCCUGACUGUAAAACAAGGAUUUAGUUCUGCUUUUUCUCCAAUUUCGAAUAUACCUUUCUCAUAGCUUGAUUGCAUGUCAGAUGUAACUGUAUUUUUAUGCCUACACCUCUGUUGGCUGCUUGUCAUUUGUCUGCUGCCCAGAGCGGAACUGUAACGCAUGUACUCCGGAGGCGGUGCUGUGUGACGUCUGUGAAGUGGCGCUGCUCCAUCCUCCACUAAAGGUUUGUCUUUGUGAAAUGUCGCAGCAACAGUGACGGCAAAAACCAUCCGAUGGGGUUGCGCUGCCUGGCUGCUGGUGUCUGUCUGCAGUGAUGUGAAGCUGAUUCAGCUUCCUAUGUACAAACUUAUUACGGUUUCUCUUUCAUAAGCCUCCUGAAAUAGCUUGUAGCAGGUUAAGCUUUAUUUCAGUCCAUUCGAUCAACAGUAUUGUGAUGUGUACAUGCACGUUCUCCUCAGCUGUGUGGUUUGCCUAGGAGAAAACUGGUUUAUUUAUGUAUCACUUGCAGCUACAAUCAGCAUGAGCCAUUUGUUUUGUUCUUCUGGUUUUAUUUUUGUAUCUCUUGAGACUUCAUGUUCUAAAUUAAACUAAACAGCCAGGGUCCUACUCGGGCAGAAGCUUUUGGUAAUGUUUUUUCUUACAGUUGAGGAGAUGGUGACAGAAAGUUGCUGUCUCUUUUUUUGCUGUGCUAUAGAGAGGCAACAAUACACUACAACUCCCAGGGAGGUGUUAAUAGAACAUAGUAAAAACCAACAUAAUGGCAGAAAGCGUGACUGCAGCCACAAAACCAGUAUACCAACAGAUCUUGGUUUGACCAGCAAAUCAGUAUUUUUUUAAUGACUCGUCUGAAUCAGAACGCUUUACUACAUCUUCUGGAGGAGACAAUGAAGUGAGGGCAUUUUCUUUUGCAAAGCUUCUGUUUUAUUGGAUUUUACUUUUUUUAGAGUAGGUGGCUGGGAAGUUUCUGCGGUUUGGUAGAAUUCAUGCAAUCAAACUGCAUGUGUGAAGCAAGUGUUUGAGUUACUUUUUUUUUUAUCCUCCCUCCAAUUCUUUUCUGGCCUGAUCAUAAAGUCUGUAAGCAGAGGCAUUGAGCGCAGCCUGCAGGAACUGAGGGUCCUGUCUGAGGGAAGAUACAGCCCUGAAUCUGAGUGAGUGUGUGGGUUGGCAAGGCUUUAGCGUCACUGUGUGACACUGGUGUGCUUCACCUGUUGGGUGGAUGAACAGGGCUCCGCUUCCCUUUCAAUCCCACACCAUGUUUUAACCAUUUUAAAUCGUACAAGCAAAUUGUCAGGAGAGAGCCCGGUAGGUGAAGUGACUGCCACAACAAUUGGACGUUGCAGUGUUUGGUUUAAAUCUCCUAAUGUUUCAAAUGGUUUUAGUUCUUUGUAUGGCUUCAACUUUGGAAAAUACAGAGCAGCUGGAUUCCUACAGGUCUUCUGAUACAAGAAAACCUUCAAGACAUUCUAACUAAAUGCCACUUGUAAAAGAGUGCAAGUCUUGGAGAUGCAUGUUCCCAGACCAGGAACCUAAUCCUGCGAGUUAAGGAUUACUUUAAAAUGUUCCAUUUGUGUCUCGAAACCGUUUCAAGAAGUGCUUGGCCAGCUCUCCCUUGUGGUUCAGACCUCGAGGAUAAUGCUGCUGCUUUUAUUUUCCAGGCCAGGCUGUGCAACAUUCCAUGAGUUCAUAGUGUAUUUAUCAGUGUAAUGAUCUGUGCAAUAAUUUAACAAGUGUAGGUAAAACCUUUGUUGUUUAAUCCAGGAUACAUUUAAAGAUACAGUCAUCCUCUCGGUGAACAGGAGUCUACCAAGAUAUUUCAGUUCUCACCUUACUUGGGCAAUACUAAAUUUCAAUAACCCCAUUGAGAAAGGCUUGAGCAAUCAGUGAUUGAUUUAAAUAGAAAUCAAGAAACAUUUCAAUGUCCGUUAUUAGAAUUGAAUUGUGAUGACUUAGCAUCCUUUAGCUGUAGAGCCCUCCUUCAUUUUCAUGCCAGCAGAGACCUGGUCAUUAUGGACUACUGUAUCUUUAAUUUUCCUGAUGUGUUUUUUGUGAAGUUCACAGGAAUGGCAAUUUCGGUGAACACUAUUCAUUGUUCUGUAGAGUGGUACCGGACUUGAACUGCGGUGUCAUCUUUUAAAAAGCAUUAUAAUAAAGCAAAGAGAUAUGGAGCAGGAUGGUGUUCAGCCCUUCUUUGGGAGACUUCAGUUCCUUUUAAACCCAGUGGCAUUAGUGUAGCUUUUGUGUGAUGCUAGUUACAUGGUUAGCGUCACGGAUAAACUCAAAGUGGGAUGCUUUGUGAUUAAGAAAGUGGAAAAGUAUUCUUACUAUAUGAGUAUAAAAUUGUCUGGUUGGAGGAGACUGCAUGAGGCUAUGUCCUGAUGGGCCCAUGUCGUGCAUGUUCUUCAAUGCCAGCAAAGAGGGAUCAGGGAAGCUGCCAC